UCAAUAGAGUAUAUCCGGAACAAUUUCCGUCAGUUCAGGAACCUCUAAAUUCUUAGCUUUGUAUGUAAACACUAAACUCUGCAUCAGAUGAUCAAUGAUUACUCAGAAGAUCAUUACUAACUGCCAAGCAAUGGAGGACGUUCCAAUUAUUCCAAAGAGAAGAGUAUCAUAUGCCCACUCAGUGCAAGCUGCUCAUAUGAAUGGCAUGGAGAGCACAGUUCAUUUGCUGGAGAAUGAGCUAUGUGUGGCCAGCAUUGACAAGGACCACCUGCCCUCAGCCUCUCACACACUAGUCGGACUGCUGCUCAAACUCCUGGGCCCGCAACCAGAAUGCAGACGGAAUUGCUUCUUCAGCUUCACAGAAACGGUUGCCGACUAUUCCAUCAUUCUAGACUCACACCUUCUCUCAGAGUUGUGUCCGCCGGAGGCAGGUGUUCAGUUAGACCUCUCUAUCGACAAGUGGCGGCCCUUACUGGUGGAGGUGGGACCACUGGGCUGCGUUACAGGGAUCAGCAAGUUAGCUGCCUCUGUGAUCGAGCCUCUUGCUGAUAGAAAUGUCUCUGUGUUUUGUCUAUCCACGAAUAUGGAUGAUUAUGUCAUGGUGAAGGAGCGUGAUUUACAAAAAGCUCUGGCUUGUUUGGCUAAGAGGUUUAAGCUGACAUGUGAUUCGUGUCAACCUAAAGACAUCAGCCUGGUCAAGUCACUGGGACGGCCAUCAUGCAGUAGUAUGGACUCUCCAGUCAGGCAACGAGCUCCCAAGAGUCGUCCUCUGGUCCACCCGUACGUGUGCUCCUCCACCCCCUACUCAGUGUGUGGUGUGAUGCCCUCUGCCCUCCCGUCCAUAGCCUCUACUCUACUCCAUUACAUGCUUUACAGGGACAGGUCCCCAUCUUCUGAGCCUUUCUUCUCUCUGUCGGUGAUAGAGGAGGACAUUUCCGUGGUCAUGGACGCCUCACACAUUCAGAGGUUUCCUGUGGACUCUCUUUACCUUAGCAAUGUCAUUUGGCGUGUCAUCAGGAUAGGAGAAGGGCCACUGGGAUUUGAUGAGUGUGGCAUUGUGGCGCAGGUGUCUGCCCCCCUGGCUCUGGCUGAGAUCUCCACCUACUACAUAUGUACAUUCCUAACUGACCACACCCUCGUACCCAGCGGGAGUGCCGAGAAAGCUUUGGAACUACUCAAUGAGAACACUCCUCAUUAACAUACAGUAGUCUCACCCCCUCACAAACACCAUCACACAAUCUUAAUAUUAUAAUUUAUAUCAAUUGGUUUUACAUGACAUUCAAUUAUUAUAGAA